AUUAAUUUUCUCUCUCUCUGCCCUCUUCUGCAAAAUGAUGGAGCUGCAGCUAAAUGACGUUGAUUUAGAGGAAGGCGAGCUAUCAGAAAGCGACGACGACGGAAUUUACACACCGCUGCAGCGACCUGCACCCACUCCCGCACCCGCACCGGGUACAAGUGCCGAGAGUGUUGCAAGCCCUCACACUACUUGCCACCAAACCCAAACCGCUGCUCUUGAUGAUGAUGAGUCCCAGACAAACAGUGACUCGUCAUCGGGCGAGUCCUCGGAGGAGGGAUGCAUAAAGAAGCUUCGUACAGAUGAUCCCGACAGCGGCCACAAGAAGCGAAAGAAACGAAUCAAGCGCACGGUUAUGAGGCGCGUUGCCCCCACAGACACAGAGAUGUUGCCAAAUCGGACCCGCUUCAAGAAGUACAAUGUAUGGACAGCCGCACUUCAGGAAGAUGCUCUCAGCGAGAAUAUGCGUGGAUGUGAUGUUACUCGCAGUAGGCGCGAUCGAAAUGUGGAGAACUAUGACUUCUCGUUAAGGUACCGGCUGAACGGCGAAAACCGACUGAAACGUCGGCUAUCCAAUUCAUCCGAGGAUGAGGCGGCGUCACAUCCAACGCACAAGCGAGGUCGGCCAUCUAGCCGCCCCACAGAAGAAGAGUUUUCUCAGCGAGGAUCGGUCAAGAGUCGCCUCGGCCAUCGAACGCGGCGCGGCGCCUCAUCGACCAGUGGCUCGUCUGACAAUUCGUGCGAGCCUCGACAUAUUCUCGACCUAAACGAUAUAGCUGGACGCGAUCCAUCCGAUUUGGCAACAGAGAUGGCCAGUAAACUGUACGAAGAAAAGGACGAAUUGCUAAUCCGUGUUGUGGCAGUUCUGGGAAUGGAUUUGCCCCUAGAGCUGUACAAAGAAACCCAGCGGAUCGAAGCGGAUGGCGGCAUGAUGAUCAAAAAUGGCAGGCGAAGACGUACACCAGGAGGUGUAUUUUUAUUUUUACUAAAGCACCAUGACAAUAUUACGCCAGAGCAACAAAAGUCCAUAUUCGAUGAAGAUCGCCAGAAUAUGAACAAGUCUCGCAAGCAGAUCGAAACGCUGAUGCGUAACCGAAAAGUAGAGGAGCUAAAGAAGUGCUUGAGCAAACAAAGCACCGAAUUGGCUUCGUUAUGCCAGCGCAAAGAGCAUUAUAUGCAAGCAGACGAGCUGAGCGCGGAGAGUCAACCUGGCAAUGUGUCAAACCCUCCGCCGUCGCCAGUGGGCCAUGAGCAGGAGAGCCCAGAAUAUAAGACACACGAAAUAAACAUAAAUCACGUGGAUAAUGCUGAACUACCAUCUACAUCGAAGGCGGCCGCUUUGGCGUCAUCAGUGGGCCUUAAGGAGCUGGUUAGCUAUGACGACGAUUUUUUGGAUGUAAACUGUGGAGAAAUGGACUUCUUCUAGGCUAACGCAAAGCGUUUACGUGAAGUCGGACCCAAUUAUUUGGGCCCAUUUUGUACUAAAUUUAUAUAGUUAGACCCUCAUUUGUACAUUUAAAUAAAUGCCUCGGAUCAAACAAA